AGGAAACUAUUACCCUGGCAGCAAAUGAUGAAUAAUGGUGCUAUAAAUCCUGAAUCUAUUUUAAUCGCAAAUCAUGAAGAGGACAGUGCAAGCAGUGAAGAAGACAACGAUGAAAUAUUGCCCGAUGCUGUUGAAUUAGAAUUAAGGAAUUACCAGAAAGAACUGGCAGAAAGUGCACUUCGUGGAGAAAACACAGUUAUAUGUGCACCGACUGGCUCUGGAAAAACAAGAGUCGCAACUUACAUCAUAUCUAAUCAUUUGAUGAAUCCUGGCGACAGGGAGAAAAAAGUGGCUUUUCUUGCUAGGACAGUUCCACUGGCUGAACAGCAGUAUAAAUCUCUGUGCAAAUAUUUACCCAGUUAUGAGAUCACACUUAUCACUGGUGACAGAAAAAACAACAUGAGCCUCCACAUGCUGCUACCUCAUUCGGACAUUGUAGUGAUGACCCCAAUGAUCCUGGAAAACCAUCUCACCAGAAAACUGCUGUCAGAUCUCGGCAUGUUCUCAUUGAUAGUCUUUGAUGAAUGUCACCACACGCGAAAGGGAGAACCAUACAACACUUUGAUGAGCUCCUACCAUAAGACCAAGCACCAGAUUCAUCAAGCAAAAACUCAGGGCAAAGUGUUGAAUAUCUGUCUGCCUCAGAUAGUUGGUUUGACAGCAUCCAUAGGAAUUGAAAGGGCAAAUUUGUUCUCUGAAGCAAAGGACAAUAUUUUGAAAGUACUGGGAAACUUGGAUGUUUCCGUAAUAUCUACUGUGGAACAACAUAAAGAUGAACUCAGACGUAUUGUUCCUGUAGCAACAGAAACUUCUACUAAUUAUUCCCAUGAGAAGCUGGUUAUAUUAUUGCAACAACGUAGAGAUGAUGUUGCCGUUCAGAGAAUUACUGAGAUCAUGCAGAUGCUCGAGAGACAGUUAAGGCUUUAUGUAAGAGGACUGAAUGAUGCUGGAUUGAUUGGCUUAGCCAAUAUGAUGCCAGCUAACAGGAAGCUACAAGAAUAUGAACAGUGGGCUGUGAAGAUGAUGACAGCUGUGAAAGGCCUCCCAUUGAUUAGCGAGGAUGAACAGAGAGACAUGCAUGUCAGACUUACAGUGAAAAUUACCCAGUACCUCAUA